UCCUUUUUUUUUAAUUUAGAAUGGGAACGUCUUGUUCGAUAGUUCUCAUGCCGUGAGAAGUGCACUGCGAAUUAAUUCUAGCGAGUGAAAAUGUGGUGCAAGUAAAACGGGAGUCUCGCCAGCCCACUCCUCUCUCUUCUCCUCCCCGUGCCUCCCGGCCUGCUCUCGUCCGCACCUCUCACGCGGGUGUGACAUUUUCCGAGCGCCUCAUAGGAGUCCGCAAGGCAGCGCGCCGACAUGACGGACGACAAACUGCCGGAACCGCCCGCCGACCCAGACUUGACUGCGGCAAGGCAGCCCACUGGGAGAAACGGUCAGUGCGAGCAGGCGGACUCCCCCAAGCAGCGAGAAGACCACCCGCGUCAUCAGGCCAGCAACGGCAGUCAGGGAGAGCUGAUCAAGAUGGACCAGGAGAUGAGGAUUACCGAGAGCAUCGAGGACGGAGGUCUUCUGGAGAGCAGCAUGCGCCUGAAACCACACGAAGCACAAAGCUACCGCAAAAAGGCCCUGUGGGUUUCUUGGGCGUCCAUCGGGGCCACAAUCAUCCUGGCGAUUGCCGCCUUCACUGUCUCCAUCAUGCGACACAGCGCUUCUGCUUUUGGAUUUGCUUUUGACGCCACGCUGGAUGUCCUCUCCUCAUUCAUUGUGCUGUGGCGUUACAGCAAUGCUGCAGCCGUCCACUCUGCUCAUCGGGAAUACAUUGCCUGCGUCAUCCUGGGUGUGAUUUUCAUCUUGUCCUCCUUGUGCAUAUUGGGUAAGGCCAUCCAUGACCUGGCCACCAAGCUGCUGCCUGAAGUGGAUGAUUUCCUCUUCAGCGUCUCCAUUGUCAGCGGCGUGGUCUGCAUCUUCCUGGCCACCAUCAAGUUCAUGCUGGGCAAGGUGCUCACGAGUCGGGCCCUCAUUACAGACGGCUUUAACUCUCUGGUGGGGGGUGUCAUGGGCUUCUCCAUUCUCAUCAGCGCGGAGGUGUUCAAGCAUGAGCCCAUGAUCUGGUACCUGGAUGGGACAAUAGGCGUCCUCAUUGGCCUGAUCAUCCUUGCCUAUGGAGUCAAGCUGCUGCUGGACAUGAUCCCACGAGUGAGACAAACCAGGAACUACGAGCGCUUUGAGUAACGUCGUGCCGGCUGGCUCACAAUGGGGAUGUGGACAAGGAGCAAAAGGACUGGGGAGGGGUACGGUCUACGCAGCAUCCCCCAACCCACCCGCUUGCCAGAGACGCUGCAGAAUCUGUGUGCCGAUACCGUCGUCCUCGCCAUUCCAUUCUUUGAACUGCAGUGAGGUUGUUGGCCGUUUUAGAAUGUAGCGUAUAUCGACUAUCUUGCUGAGGUAGAUCAUGAUGCCUCCAAAUUUGAGUAAGACAAGGGGACUUGCCCUAAGUUGCUGACUGAGACGAGGCUGUUCGGAUGAGUGUAGACAAACCGCUUUGCCAAACUUGUAACACGUUGAUUCCCCCCCCCAAGUCAUUCGUUCAAGAGGCCUGCCUCAAUGUGGCAGCGGAGCAGGUCUCGAUUGAGUCAGCCUGCAGCAGCAGUGAAACCGCAACAGGAAUCGAAAGAACUGUGCUGGUCUGCUACUUUCAAAGAAUUCCAUUUUCAUGGUGGCAUAUGUGACCGUACCGGAAUGUACACACUCUGCUGUUAAUCGAUUGCACAAGAUCACUAAGGAUUUUUUCUGGGGGGUGGGGGUGUGUGGAAAAAGUAGUGGUAUCCAAGUAGCUCAAAUAGUAUUUUGUCCUCACAUCUGUGUGCAACUGUAUAUUUGGGAUACUAAUUGUAUUCCGUUGGAACCACAUGACAAUUUGUAUUGUUCUGUGCCCAUGUUCCAAAUGUAAACACAAAAGUUACUUUUGUAUGACGACAACCAACCUGCCGGACACACUGCAACUUCGUCUCAACAGUAAAAUCACCUGUUCUGCUGCAAUGUCAAAUGUUGAAGCAGUCAGCCUUUUUUUUCUCCACAGAAAAAAAAAGUUUAUUUAAAAAUUAAAUCAUUGCCCGCUUAUUCAUUGAGAAAUGUUAACACAAAAAUGCAGUCGCCUUGUCCUUUUUGCCGCUAGGGAUAACAUGUGACAGCACUCCAAACUAAACAAAACAUUGAAGCUCAUCUGUACAAAUGACAAACAGGAUGGGUGAUCUGGACCAGUACGCGGCACUUCGGUAUCUCGUGCGCCACGGAAAUUGGGAUCAGCUGUUUCCUCAAAUGAAAAGGACAUUUCUCGUGCUUUGUUCUUUUUGAAUGGAAAUGUUGCGUACAUUUGACAAAUCUCAUAAAAACAGUGGUCAAGAGUAACCGAUUGCUGCAGUUUCCCCUUUCCGAUGUGAAAAGUAGAUACCGGUGGAUCUGCAUUUAAGCCACGGUGGUAAAUGUAAAUGCAGAGACAUAUACAUGCAUUCGUUAAGAGGCAUGGUUAAAAGUAUAAGGCAAACUCAACUGCACCGGGUCACAAUAUUUUGUCUCGCACAGCUUGUACAACAACUGCACUCAACUCUCAACAUUAGCAUGAGGUGUCCGGGCUGGUCAGCUAAGACUGGAUUCCGAAGCACUGAAGUAGAUGCCAUCCAGUGCCACUGCGCUAACAACAGAUUCUAUCCUACUCAUUACAGGCCGAUAGCAUACGAUUUACUUUACCCAAGUUAAGGUCAAAUAUGUGAAGAUUGUUGUAGUACCGGGGGGAAUAACCUGUAAAUAUGGACAUCACUGAAUUACUGCACGUAACUGGGGCCCACCUGCAACAAACUGUUGAAUCCAUUCAACCAAGUUUCCCCCACACACCAAAGUUACCAAAUACAAUGAUUAUUUUACAGAUUUAAAAUAUAUUAAACUAAAAUAUGAUUAAAGGUGAUUCCGCUCAAUUCAGCAGAGGAAACCAGAACAACAGAACCUGGUGACAACUUCGGAACGACAGAUUUGAGUUGUUCAUGGCAGAUAAAUUUUGGAUUCAAUGUUUUGUUUCCUUUUUUCGGGUCCGGUGACAAUUUGACGGAAGCGGUACCGUAAAGGCACAUCAUGCUCUCCGAAACACAGACUUAAGCAGCAUGCAGCUAUCUGUUAAGAAGGAAAGGAAUAGAAAGACAGAAACAAUAACAGUCUGCGCAUCUGUCCUCACAAGUGCAACCUGCAGCAAUGACUGUUGCAGUAUAAGGAGGCACAUUUGCUUCUACUGUCCUUUUUAAAAGACAGAGAUGAAAAGAAUGAAGGUAAACCACCAUUGCCAAACUAUCCGUGAGUGAUGUCAAGCAUAUGGGGGGCAUUGUCAUUGAUAUAUUCCAACUACUGCGCCUCUCGCGACUGCUAAAAAAACAAAAAACAAAAUAACCAAAAAAAAAAAAAGCAUACAAUGCCUCCCUCUGGUGGUCAUAUGUGAAAGGACAUGUACGCGUUCUGGUAUCUUUCCUAAUUUCUCUCCAUAAAUAAAAGACAGCCCUCUUAUAAAUAAACACAGUUCAAGAGCAAAAUCAAAGAUGAACAUCAGGAUACAAAAUAAAUAUAAACCCUAAAGCCCCAUAAAAGCAAUGUACAGUGUUAAAAUAUAUAUUGUUAAACCUGUUUGCAAAUACAAAUGUAGUGCACUUUUAUCCAUGUUUUGGACUUUUACCAUUUCUUGGAUUCAUA